AUGCUGAACGAAGCUGGUCUUCAGAGCGUCAUCGAUACAGUCGGGGAUCCUCGUUCUCGACGGCAGGUACCCUCCCAUCCUCAUGGCCGCAAGAUGAAGGGCAAUAUCCACAUCCCUGGAAUCCGCGAUCGAGGGUCCGAGCAGUACGAGGGCUUGAUGGCGCGCUUGGGCUGGCGAUGCCGCGUCUGGCUUCUCGCUGUGGACUGUGUACCUGCCGUAAAUCCUAUACUAGCGCUGCAUCCUGACACCCUCCGCUUCAUCUGGUAUUUGGCGGACAUCAUUGCUCAGCGCUCGAUGCCUCUUGAGGAUGCGGCGUUUGGUCGGCACUUCGUGCCUGAUGACGGACCUGCUGCUGAGGUCUUGGCUCGCAAACGCGCCGCCACCUAUCAGCGCCUCACCAUGCAGCUUACGCUGGAAGCGCUCUUGUCUGGUGCGAGGCGCAUGACGCCCUUGCGGGCGCAAGCACUUCUCGAGCCAGAGGACAGCUCCUCCUCGGACUUUGUCGAGUCGCCCGAGGAGGAGUCUUCGCCGGAGGUCUCCGACUCCGAUGGGGGAAACACUUCGAGUGGCGCCGACGAUCGGCGCGGAGCUGGCGAGGCGUCUCCGUCCCUCACUGUGACGUCGGGUGCCUCCGGAGAGCUCGACACCACUGGGGUGCUUGCUGCUGCUUCUCGCUGUGGACUGUGUACCUGCCGGUUCAGCUAUGCCAUGACUACUCCUCCUCGAGCGUUCAUCCCUCUUGCCAUCUCGACGGACGGUACCCUGCAUCCUGACACCCUCCGCUUCAUCUGGUAUCUCGCGGACAUCAUUGCUCAGCGCUCGAUGCCUCUUGAGGAUGCGGCGUUUGGUCGGCACUUCGUGCCUGAUGACGGCCCUGCUGCUGAGGUCUUGGCUCGCAAACGCGCCGCCACCUAUCAGCGCCUCACCAUGCAGCUUACGCUGGAGGCGCUCUUGUCUGGUGCGAGGCGCAUGACGCCCUUGCGGGCGCAAGCACUUCUCGAGCCAGAGGACAGCUCCUCCUCGGACUUUGUCGAGUCGCCCGAGGAGUCUUCGCCGGAGGUCUCCGACUCCGAUGGGGGAAACACUUCGAGUGGCCCCGACGACCGGCGCGGAGCUGGCGAGGCGUCUCCGUCCCUCACUGUGACGUCGGGUGCCUCCGGAGAGCUCGACACCACUGGGGCUGCUUGUCUGCGCGGCUUCGCGCUUGGGCUGGCGCUGCCGCGUCUGGGUGCCAGCAGUGCUGCCCUGCAUCCUGACACCCUCCGCUUCAUCUGGUAUUUGGCGGACAUCAUUGCUCAGCGCUCGAUGCCUCUUGAGGAUGCGGCGUUUGGUCGGCACUUCGUGCCUGAUGACGGACCUGCUGCUGAGGUCUUGGCUCGCAAACGCGCCGCCACCUAUCAGCGCCUCACCAUGCAGCUUACGCUGGAAGCGCUCUUGUCUGGUGCGAGGCGCAUGACGCCCUUGCGGGCGCAAGCACUUCUCGAGCCAGAGGACAGCUCCUCCUCGGACUUUGUCGAGUCGCCCGAGGAGGAGUCUUCGCCGGAGGUCUCCGACUCCGAUGGGGGAAACACUUCGAGUGGCGCCGACGAUCGGCGCGGAGCUGGCGAGGCGUCUCCGUCCCUCACUGUGACGUCGGGUGCCUCCGGAGAGCUCGACACCACUGGGGUGCUUGCUGCUGCGGCUGCGGCGUCGCCGCCGUCACGGGCGGUCCUCGGCUACCGCUGA